GUUUGUGCUAAUAUGGCUGAAUUGUACUGACAGCGACUGCUGUGUCUGUUUAUGAACAUUUAACACGACAUGGAUGCUGAGCUAGCCGAAAUUAGUGGCGAUGCGACGACGUCGACGGAAGUGAACGACUCGGAGAAAGAAGUUCAGAGACGUGUUCCUGACUUCUCUAGAACUCCUCCAUGCUCAAGGUCUAAGAAAGUACACUCCAGCUUCAAAUCACCACUCCAGACACCUGUGGCCCAGCGUACUAAACUUAACCCUGAGGAAGAGGUGGAGGAGCUGCGUAAGAAACAAGAGGAGCUGGACAAAGAGAUAUCACUUCACAUCGCUGAGGGUUACAGAGUGGAGGAGUUAGAACGACACAUUGACCUGCUGCAUGAGUACAACGAGGUCAAGGACAUUGGGCAGACACUGCUAGGCCGCAUAGCUGUGUUGCGGGGGACUACCACGCGUGACCUCUACAGCCAGUUUGGUUUGGGACUGGACGACUGAAGCAGAGAAGCCGACAAAGGAGAGUUACUCAUUCUGCAGAUGUACGCCAAAGGAGAGAGAGAAAUGGACUUGGAAGGUAGAGGAGCUGAAAAAUAGGUAAAAAGAGGGAUUUUGAUCACUUGCCCUGGUUUGUAUUUUUUUUUGUUUUGUUUAUUUAUUUAUUUAAGGAAACUACUUUUGCAUAUUUUUUUCCCCCAGUGAACUUAGGGAAGAUGUGAACCAGUCUUUAGAUCUGUGUAUAUAUGUGUGUGUUUAUUUCCAUUAUAUAUAGGUAAGAAAUCUACUCUGCACAUUCUUAUUGUAGAGAAAAUGAUAAGAAACAGAUGUCCUCUGGUAAAACUCGUUUUGUUACUCCGGUCAUGGUAUAUCUGAACAGAUAUUAGAAUGAGCAUGCUGCUAUAGUUAGAUGUCAUUUCUGACUCUGACAUGUUAAAGGAGUUCUGUAAUCUUGAUCUUCUUGUCUGAUUUAUUGUUACUUGCUUUGUACACAUUUGUACAUUCUUUGUUUUUUGACACACCAACCUUCGAAAGUUCCUAUAAAUGUCAAAUUCGGAUCGUCACAUGUGCUUGUUUAAAUUCGCUAACCGGUCAACUUCACUAUUAAAAUGUUA